CAUAUUUCAUCGCGUUCCACUUGGCAAACAGUGCGUGUCAUAGGUGGAAUGACUCCGAUUCUCUCGAAAUUCAGCCGCGAUACCUACUCAUUUCUACUCUAACUACCGAGCUGAAUUUUUGGAUAGGCAAGUCAAUGCAAUUAAUUGGCCAGUGUUUUUAUAGAGAGAGGAAGUCAGUAAAUUUGAUAUUAUAUCCGUAAUUGUAUAAACAUUUGUAGACGCGACUUAAUUGGAGGGGAAAGUUGGCUCAGUUGGAGAGUCUUGGCUUAUCCGUGCGCGGUUUUUACUUUCAAUCCAGCGAGUAAACUUAGUGGAGUUCGAAAGACAAGCAAAGGAUCUUUGUCCAAAUCUGCUUAUGUCCUGGAGAUCAAAAACUGAAAAGAACAGUCUAUCGAUAUGCAAUAAGUUUUGGCAAGCCCAAUAUAGGAAAUUAUCAUCUUGAAGUGAACCAACACAACUUAAAUUGAGAAGGUUAAACGUCACAACAUCAUCCUUGCUUCCAUUUUACGCCGUGGACUGAGAAUUCAUAACAGCCGAGGCUUCAAGUUUCUUACUUCGUAUGGCUCAAAAAGUUCGUCAUACGUCGCUCCAAAUGGAUAUUCCAACUAUAAAAUUCAAUUCUAGAACACCGUCCUCUUCGCCUGCCUUGGGCUCACGAUCAGCUCCGUUGAUCAGACAGAGGUCGCGUUCCCUGUGCGGUCUCGACGAGGUACAUGAUCAAAACAACACUCCUAAACGAAAUAAAAAAUGUAAGUUCUGCCAUCAUUAUUUUCUGCCUUUUGUAGACGUUGCAGCAUAUUUGUUUGUUUGUUUGUUUUACUGCCAUUGUUUGUUAUAUAUUAUUAUUGUAUUUUUUUUUAACUCGACAAUGUUCAUUGCCAAUGUUCGUUGGUCGAGUAUGUUUACAGUCACUGAGGGAAAACCCAGUCCGCGUUUUGCAGACAGCCCUCUUUUCCGUCGAUAGCAUGCGUAGCAGGCGCUUGAACUCAAUGGCAGUCUCAAUGGGGGCAUCUCUCUUUCGAGGCCCCGUUCUUUCAAAUCCCAAGCGCCUGCUACGCACGUCGAAAAUAUGCAUUAUCUGGUACCAAACAAAUACUUUUUAUGUCACCUAGGACUUAAGGAAAUGUAGUUAGAGAUUAAACGAGUUAACACGUAAAAAUAGUUAUUCUGGCCAAAAAUUUCCAUCGCCGAAGUAUUAUAGCCUUUCGGUAUGCAGGGACAGACUUGUCUCCUCAGCAGCCGUUCGUCGCUGGAGUCACGCAAUGCUCCCUGCCCCCGCGCUUGAGUGACAACCUGUUGACGUACCUCUGAACAGGGUAUGGUUUUCAGUGUUUUGAACGGGUAUAAGAAGGUUGGUAUGAUAGGAGGUAUAACAGAAAUAAGGUUUCACUAUUUAAUGUGUCUCUUUCGACUUUCGACUGGAAGCCUUUCGUAAAGAAAAGGAAUAAGCGUCAGAAAAUAAACAGGGUAGGCAGAUGAAAAAACUUUUUGUCGAAAAAAGGGGAAAGGGCCUCUGUGGCACACCACUACCCAAACUUUCUUUAUGCCCCCCCCCCCUCCACCCCCGCCCUAUCCUAUCCCCCUUAACACAGGGAACCUUUUCCUUCCCGACAGUUCCCGCUAUCUGUUUUUGAAGCCUCGAUUUGAAAUUACCGAGCUGAAUUGUGGGAAGAUAGACGGUAAACACUCCACUUGCUUUUUGAAUAUUUUCGUACCGAUUUUCUUUGUCUGGCAAUUGAAGGUCGUUAGAAUGUCUGCUGCGUAAUCGGAUUUUGAUAAAAUCGCUUUUUACAUUUCCCUUGAUGACCUCUAAAACCUACAUUAUCAAUCGAGAAAUAGACCUGGGGAAACGAAUUUUGCUGGCGAGGACAUUUCGCCAUCACUGUGAUGUAUUAACAUGUCGAAAGCGUCUUCGAAUUCUCCGCGAAGACACGUUAAAGGUAAGGCCAAUUGACCCAGUUCUUGCUAAGGCAGGCUUUUACAUAGAUAUAAGGCUUGUGUACUUGUAAAUUUAAUCACAAAAACCAAUUAUUUAAAGGUUUGAGUUUUUGGUUUUUGUCACGUGUGCGUACCUCCUGCUCACUCAAAAUUAAACUUAAGAGACUUAUAGAAGUAGAAAUAAUCUCAGGUUUUUACCAAAAGCGAAUUUUAUCCAGAACUAAUUUCCUUGAUCUUGCGUAGCUAUCGAUUUAGCACUUUGCUGUGAAUAAAAAGCCGGUUCUUGUAUACAAAUUCCUGCUUGAACGUGACCGCGGAGGUCACCUUGAAUACGAGACCGGCUUCAACUCGGUGAUAGACAGCCCAUCGACCGAUACUCAGCUGAGAUCAUUUCGUCACAAGUUAUCAUUUAUUCAUGAUUUCAGCAAGACGACCAGAGUUUCGGCUUUAUAAUUUAUUUCAAUCAAUUACGUUGUUGAUGUCGAUGGAAAGCGUAGUUCAUCGAAUUAAGUCGUGCAGAACUGGCGCAUGUCUUCAAUACAUUUAACUCGCUGGUCGCUCGUCCAUAAAUGCAGGUAAAUACAACAAACGUUUGCCUCUUAUCUCUAAGUCUUUUUAUUUUAUUCAACGUUUUCCUUUUUUUUUCGCUUGUGAAGAUUGAUUCUUCGAUAUAGACAAGAAACGACGCGGUUAACAAGCGUAUUUUUUUGCCUUUCGUAAACCAAAUUAUUAUGCUCUCAAAUGGUUUCUUAUUUUCAACGCAAUGGUGCGUGACUGUAAACACAUUCGGUUUAUUCAACUGAAAGAUCCAUCGACUUUAAGUUUUCUGUUAUACAUGUAUUUCGUUGAGCCACUAUUUUUGACAUUCGAAGAAAUUUUGUACAUAAAAAUGUGGUAGAUGUGGAUUCAGAGGUCAUCUUAUAUUUUGCACGGCUGAGUCAACUUUGUUUGAACUCGUGCAUUAUCUCAGAAAAUGUAAGCUUAUACAAAAAAGGGAAAAAUAAGUUAUAUGUAAGCUUAUAACAAUCUUAUCAUCACUAAGUCUUCAUCAUUUUUCUUUCCAUCAUUUCUCCAUGUGAACCUGUGGGAGUAAAUUAACCAGAGAGGUGAUUUAAAUAUUUUUACUGCAAAUAUGGCAACACCUGUUAGCCUAAAAUAAAUGCAUGACUCUGGUUUGUGAAGUGUUUUUCUUUGUGCAGCCGCUGUAAAUUAACUCCUAUUGUCGAAAAAACGAAAAAAGAUUCUUUAUUAUAAUAUGUUGUAAAGCAUAUUCACUCACGUGGCCAGCGUCCAUGCAAAUUUAUGGAACAAAAAGAAUUUUCUUACAUAAGAAAAGAGUCUGACUCCCACAGGAUUUGUUUGGAACACCAAUAUGGCUGUCGUAACAUCAUGUCAAUACACUCUAUAAAACUUUGUUAUUACAAAAUGCACUGACUCGAGUAAAGUUUUAUAUAAUGUGUUGAUCAAACACAGACACUUCCAGCUGUGACAUUUUGAAGGCUGAACCCCUUGGAAUUUUGUUGUAAAACGGAGUUAGUAACUUGAGCAGACACCAUUUCAAAUGCUCGAUAGAGGAAGGUCUAUUUAACAAAUAGAUUCCGUGUUAGCUUGCAUCUGUUCAGUAAGAGAUCACAGACUAUGUCAAAAUGUGGUAAUAAAAACAAAGAAGUGGCACACGAGCUGCAGACAGGUGGGUCACUGAUGUUUUUACCACAUUUUGACAUCUUCUGUGAUCUAUUACUGAACAGACUCACAGCAGCAUGGAAUCUAUUUGUUUUAUAUAGAAUGCUCCGAACAGUAUUAAGACCGAUACACAUAGUACCUGCAUUGUACUGAUAAUUGUUUAUGGAUUGGCUUUUAGGUCCCAAAUGCUACUUUUUGUCUUUGCUUCUUCUUUUCUUCUUUAUCCUACUUUUAUACAGUUUCUUUGAAAAGUUUUUCAGUGUCUUCACUUGCUCAAUUAAGCAGAAAAAUGGUGAAAACGUUUUGCAAAACAGUGAGUCUCUUUUAGUGAUGACACACAUUGGCAACUGCUGUGAAAAUUUUUUUGCAGUUUAGGCAUUCUCAAGUUGUCAAGGACUCUUUUUGUCUCCGUUUCUCCAUCUUUCUCCUUUGUCAAUAGCUCUUGCUAAACUUUUUACCAGGUUUUCACUUGCUAAUUAAUCCGAAAUUAUCUCACAAAUAAUUAUUUUCAAAACCGCGCACCGUGUUGAGCAAAACAAAGAAAACAAGGUUCUUUCGAUGUCAUCCAUGUAUCUGUACUCUAAUAGAUCAUGGGCAACGACCAAUCACAGCUCACAUAGAAUUCACAUGAUUGUAUAAAUUACUAAAUUAUUUGAUUUUGUCAUACAUGUACGUGUACAACAAAAUUCUCCAGUCUGGUUGGCUGUUGACUACCCCCAUUUAUAAUGUCACUUUUAUGUUCGAUAUAAUUGUUAUAAUUCUAACAUGAAGCAACAUUUGUUGUGUUUUUUUUGAGUACUCAACACUUCUGGGAAUUGCGAGACAAUAUAGUUGUGAAAAAUUUGCAAUUUUGUCCCUAAAGCUUUGGAGUUUAUAUAUAUCAAACAUGGGCAUGACAGCAUGCACCAUGUGUAAGUAUUUGGACAGAUAAUAUAAUGGUGUCUGCUUGCUUUUCCUGCGGUAGACAGUUGGCUUAAACGUGUUCCUUCUUUGUUACAUCAAAAAGCAUGGAAUUUUAAUUAAUUUGGGUUCUACUGUAGGAUUCAUUCUCUCUGAAUUAUUUAACCAUCUUUUGCAUUACACCUUUUGACAUUUUAUUAUAACCGAAUGCAGGGUUGAACAUCCAGCUUCCCAAUAGAAGUCCUAGAUCACUGAACGGCAGUGCAUCAUCCUUGUCCUCUUUGGAUGCUGCAGGCUCGCAUUCUCCAUCUUCCCCUCGCAGCAGCAAACCAUUCAGUAAGUAAAAAGUUAAUGUUGCUGUAAAUUAUUAUUAUUAUUGUUAUUAUUAUUAUCCUUUUUAUCAUUAUCAUUAUCAUUAGUAUUAUUAUUAUUUAGUGAAGAUUUGAGGCUAAAGAAUCAAAAGCUUCAAGCAGGGUUUUCAAUAAGAGCUGGUUGCUGGCAAAAAUUCGCCAACUAUUUCACGUGAACUUGCCGCCAACUUUUCUUUGGAAAUUAUCCCAGUUAAAAAAAGUAUUCAUGUGCUGUCAAGUAAUAAAAAAAGCCAAAAUUUAAUUAUUCCUGUGUUCUGUUCAAACGCUCUAAUUUUUGCUCCAGAAUGCUGGAAGUGUAUUCUAAGAAGCCCAGAUUUCAAAAUUUUUCCGGAAAAACUCACACCUUCAGCACUCACAAGUUGCGCCUUUGCCACGAGUUUUUUCCUUCUCCACUGACCCUAAAGCUUUUGCCAUCUACUUUAAAUCUUACUGAAAACCCUGUCCAAGCUGCAAACAAGAGUCAAUCAUCAGACAACAUCUUUCAAAACUUUGCCAAGGUUCGAAGAGAUUCUGCCAGCAGAGGGAAAUGAACACAUCCAAUUUUCCAUCUGUUUAGUUAAUUUUUACUUAAGACUUUCAUUUCCAGACUUUCAAACCAGACUUUCAUAGCAUUUAAAGAAACAUCAAUGGUAGACAUACACUGUAAUGUUUGUUUGAUAAUUUUUUUUGUUUGUUUUAUCAGACUUUAAUAUAUGUACAGCUGUAAUUCUGACCUGCAGUGGUUAGUUACGUUAGUUAAUGUUUUUACAAUCGGCAGGUUUUUUGAACCUAUACCAAGUGGCUUGACCCUUAAUGAUACAUUUAUAGGGAAAUUUCGAAAUUGAAGUCAGACUGAUAAAUUUUAUUUUUUCAGCCAUUCAAAAGUUAUUUGGUAGGCAUAAAGAGAAUCAUGGCGCACACAGUGGGAAGGAAGAUUCAGAGGUAAUUAGUUUUAAAUUUCAAAUCCUGUAAACUGCAGCUUACAAGUAUUGUGUAUGGGGUGGGGGGGGAGGGUUGACAUUAAAUUGUGAUGAGGGGUAGUGGGAAUACUGUCAAAGAGGGGGAGUGGAAAUACUGUCAAAGAGACUGUUUACACACAAUUUUUUGCUUACAGUUACAGUGGAGAGGGGGGGUGGGGGAAGGAAUACUGCUAAAGAGGCUGUUUACAAAAUAAAUGUACCUCUAACUGUUAGCAAAUGGGGUGGGGGGGGCGAUGUUGGUUGACAUUAAAUUGUGGUGUUAGGGGGAGUGGGAGUGGGAAUACUGUCAAAGAAACUGUUUAAAAAUGUACCUCAAAUGUACAAAUGUAAGCAGAAAAUUGUGUUUGGGGAGGGGGGGGGUGCAUUGGAUGGGUUGAUACCAAAUUUUGGUGGUGUUUCCAGUUUUUAAAUCUUUAGAGGUUGGUCCAUCUUUGAAUUGCUGCUAAACAUCUUAGAAAUCAGUCUGGUCCUUAUUGUGUAGAAAAUUCCUACUGUUAUUUGAAAAGAAAGAAAAAAUGUAAUGAAUUUUUUUUUGACACAGAGCGAAGAUAAUGUUGCAAAGACAAAACUAAAUGUGCCAGUAGAAAGACAGAAACAGUUCUCUAAAGUCCUGGCUGAGAUAAGAGAAAGAGCAAUGCCUUCGUCGUGAGUAAACAUGAUUGUACUUGAUUUAUACAAUACAAGUUAUUGUUGGCACUUGGGGUGAGGGGGUCGGGGGACAGGGGCUACUCAACAAACGUUUAUAAGGGGAGUUUCCGUCCUGAGAUCCAACCCCUUACCAUUUUACACAGUGUGAUAUAUACCAUUUUUGACCGAGCAGGUACCUCUUUUGGAUGCCUUUUAUUGAUAAAUGGUACCCCUUGCACAUACAUGUACUACAUGUAGUUCAGAGCUCUAGUACAUGGUGUAAAUGUACAUUCCCUUUAACUGCAGUAAAAUACACCUUCUUUGAAUAAGGGCUGUGCUUUGGCAGAGCCCGGUGGUCCCUGAUGCCCAACUUUUGCUCUUGGGCGACUAGAAAAUCUCAGAUUUUUUACACAAAUCAUAUGUGGGCACCUUGGAUUUUACAGGUUCAGAGCACUGGGCUCCCUUCCCUUCACAGCUUUUUUACUGAUGGAUAUACACUGUAUAUCACUAAGUCAGGAUUACAUUGAAGUUUUUUUGUCUUUUUCACAGCCAUAAAAUGCACCUGUUAGCCCUUUUACAUUAUGUAGUUCCAUUCAAAGACCACAAUCAAAGAUUUUCCUACCCUUUUAUAUACCUCAAGUUACAUGUAACUCUCUCUUUUUGGGGGGGAUUUAGCUUGGUCUCAUCUCGAUCUCAUUUUCUUGGUUUUUAGUCUUGGGAGGCGUCGCAGCAAGACUCAGGAGCCACAAUCAGCAGACUCUCGUUACAGUGGAGACAGUGACAGCGGGAGUCGGCCUCGAGGUGUCACCUCUGGAGUGUUUCCUGGCUCAGACCAACUUCCCCGAGGGAGGAGUGCUACAGCACUGUCAUUAAAUGAGGAUGAUUCUGCUGAAGUUGACUCUGUAUGUGAAUUUAAAUUGGUGUUUGCUUUCCUCCCAUUUUGGCCCCAUAACCAUUACUUCUGCUAGUGCCUUAUUUUGGCUAGGAUAUUUGGAACUUAGUGCUGUUCUGUUUAAAAGGUGCUUUUCUCUUCUGUUUAAAAGGCUGUUUUGUGCUGAGUUAUCAGACAUCAAAUAGCUACAAAAUACAAAUACAUAUGAAAUUGAGAACUCAGUUGGACAAGCCAAAUUUAUGUUGAAAGAUCUCACUGAAAAAUGUUUUCUUUGGCAUAAAAAUGUACGUGUAUGACUUGGGAAAAAUAUACUGGAUAACUUUGGGAAUGCAACUGUUAAUGAAUCUUAUACUUGUACAUGUACAUGUAGAUUUUGCUGUUGUUUUCAGAAAACUUGACAACAUACACUGUAAGUGUGGUCACGAUCAUUUGGGAUGAUUGUGGAUAAAAAAAGGAGAAUUUAAAUUUUCCAAAGAUACAUGUAUGAAAACAAGGCUUUAUGAUUAUGGGUGCAUAAUUUGUACAUUGUACAUUGUCCUAAAUAAAAGCAGAAGAUCAUCUGUGUGUUAAGCACAAGACUGUCACUUGAGUUAUCUGUUGAUCCAGACUACAACCUUUAGUUUACAUUAUUUUGGUAGUCACAGGUACUGCUAAAGAUUUUUUAAAAUUCUGAAUAAUCUUCUUUGGAUGACAAGAUAUCCUUUAUGUGAAUUAUACAGAAUAAUGGAUUUGUGAUCUCCACACUCAAAGGGGUGCAUGGUAUGCAGUUAAGUUUUAGGAUCUUUUAAAUUCUUCUUUUGGUUACAUGUAACAAGGAAAUAUGAGGCAAUCCAGUUUAUCAAAAUUUACUUUUGUAUAGGCCUUUUUUCUCUCAAACUCCUCAGUUAUUUUGUUUUUAAGUUGAAUUAUUGCCCUAACAGUUUUUAGUUUUGUAUUGAAUAUAUGUUGAAUAGGUAAAGUAGACAUGCUGCUAAGUACAACGAUUAAACAACAUACAUGUAUGACUUGUGUAGAGGGUAAAGUUAACAAAGCAUUAACUUAAUUCUUCUUUCCUUAAAAGUUGGAUGGAACAUUUAGUUCUUUUGAAAAGGAGAGUGGAACAGAUGAAGUUGAUGCUGCACAAAUUGACUCUGAGGUAUGUUUGGCACUAACCUCCUUCAGCGUGCAAAGAAAGUUGUGUCCGAUAGCCCCGGGCUAGUGGAUUUUACUAUUGGGCUAGCGUUUUUUGUUCUUAACUUUUGUUCUUUACUGCACAGUGUACAGUGUACAUGGUAUUUUGUAUAAAUUUGUAUCCUCAUUCAAUCACUAAAAAUCUGAGGCCCAUUUUUGAGUUGAGUUGCCGGCAUGUAUGCAGUGCAGCCAAGCAGUUGUAACCGAAGUUGUCGUCAGUGUUUUCAUAAAGUGUUUCUUUUUUUUUCUGUAGAAAAGGAGGCAAAGAAUAGAGCACUUAAAACACAAGAUCAAGAAAACUAAAGACCAGAUCCGGCAACUACAAGAGGAAAGAGAUGGUAUGAUCAACAGUAAAAAAUCAAUCAUAGAUGCACUUGUUCUUUAACCUUUUCACUGCCAAAUUUAGCCAAAAGCAAAUUUCGACCAAAUUUCCAAAUUUCAUUUUGUGAAAUUUUGUAAAACAAAUAGUACCAUGUGUAAGUACAGGCAGAGAGUUUUCAUUUGAAUGGUCACAUCAUAGGAUUUGGUCUGCAGACUCUAAAGUUAGAACUACAUACGAAAUAGAUAGUACCAUGUGUGAGUACUGCCCAAGAGGUUUCAUUUGAAUGGUCACAUCAUAAGGUUUGGUCCGCAGACUCAAAAGUUAGAGUCACCUUACAAAACUCCAUCAAUCACUCUGGCAGUGAAAGGGGUAACUAAACUCAUCGAGAUUUUGAGUUGUCAAUAUUAUUUUCACUUAGAUUACUGCAGUUUACUGCACAGUACCUCUUUUUCUUCUCAGUUUGAACCGAUAAAGUGAAUGUAACGUUGCCCAAUUUCUAUUUAUACAUGAACUUUCUUUGUCUUCUGUUUUUGCCAGCUCGGGUGUAUUUAGCCUCGCUUAUAUGUAACUUAAGGUUUCUUGGAAUCACUCUUAGUCUUAAGACUGCAAUGAAAAACAAACAAAAAAUAUUAAUUAAUGUAAGUAAUAACUGCUUAUGCCACAGUGAAUUGUGAAGCGUUCAUGAUUGCAGUGUGUUGGUGCUUUGAGUUAAAGAAUGAUGAAGCAUUAUAUUUGUUGUGUUUAUGCAAUUUCUUAAAUUUUAACAGAGUUUGUAAAGGAGUACUUAGAAUCAACUGAAGGGUCACAAAAAUCAAAGUAAGUGAAAACUGAGUAUUGUUGUGUGUGUAGCUCUGCAUUCCAUCUUAAGUUGUUACAUCUUUAUUAUUAUUGAUUCUCUAUAUUUUUAAUAACAAAUUAUUUGGGAGCUUCAGAUUAUGCAACCACAACAAUGGCAAUGGCAACGAAAGGACAUUUUCGGUUAUAUCAUUUCAUUUGCCACUUAAGAAACGAAAAGGGAACUAGAGCUGAAAUAUGUCCCGCUAUUGUUUCUGCGAUCGUAACUGGGCGGUCAGCUAUUGGCCAUUUUUUCCCCUGUCUUUUGGCAAGUGACAGUCCCAGAAUCCUUUUCAAAAGUGGCGAAUCGUUUCCUUAGACAAGAAAGUUAUCUGAACCCAAAAUGGGUACAGGGAACAUGAAUCUGGGGUAACCUGCCGAUAGAUAAUGUUGGGAACAGUUUUUCUAGGCGUAAACAGACGUCCUUAUGUAGAGUUUACAUAACGUGAAACCCGAAAAAGAAUUUAUUGACAAAUAAAUCAAAAGGAAAGACAAUUAACGUUUUGUUUUAUAUCUUUCAUGCUUCCUCGUCUCUUAGAACUCUGUUUGAAAAGAAGAAUCAGAAAACAAAUUCCCAUAUUGCACAGUUACAGAAAAAGCUGGAAAAGUAUCACAAUACUGUGAUGGUGAGUUUAACAAUUUAGAGUGACUGUCAGCUUGAACUUCAAAUUACAUUGUGAAUUCAGUGCUCGUACAGUACUUUGAACUCGAUCACUUUUAUAGCGGAGCUCUCGCGCGCGCACCACGGGUAAGAAAAUUUGGUAACCUAUGCAUCCUAGAAAUUUUGGUAGUCACGUGACCGUACUUCCGCCCGUCCGUCGACACCACAGGCACACCAAUAUAAAAUAACUCACUCAACAGGUGUAGCAAUCCAAAUGCAGCUCAAGGUUUUAUUUGGUAGGAAAUCGCAUGGCCGCCCGGACUUAAAGAGAGAGAGAAAACAGCAACAACAACGUCGUGUCUUUUUCGACGUUAUUUUUGACGUUUACACUCACGUGGAUAACAGAGAAAGAGAGAGAGCGAGUGACUGAAAACAAAGGCGACGAAUUUCGUGGGAAGAAAAACAUGAAAAUUUCAUAGCGGCGGUGAGAAAAAGAAAAAAUGCUAGCGGCCAGCAAGGUGAAAAUGAGCGGCAGUGAAAAAAUAAAAGCGAACAUGAACACAGGAAACAAAAUCUUUGGUAAGCACAUACCGGUCCGACAAUUACUCCAUAAAAAUAUUUUGUAACUUUUUUGUAAAGUUUGAUGUUUUAGUCGUACAAAACGGCGUUGUAGUCGUGCAAAACAACGGCAAAGAAAGACAAAAAAGCGUGUUGCACGUGCAAAUUUGUUUUUUUGCUAAUUAGAAAAAAAAGUGUGCUGCACGUGCAAAUUUGUUUUUUUGCUAAUUAGAUCUAUUGAUCUUGAGGCUAUUUUCAUUGCCGUCCCCGUUUAGCAUUACUCGUUUUGUUUUGUUUUUUUAAAUAAACGCCUCCUAUCUAUUAAACGCCCCCGCUUGAACCCCUAAAAUUUAAUAGACACAACGAGCGUUUAUUGGUUAAUUAACGGUGUUAGAUUUUAGAGUGCUUUUUGUUAAUCAGUGGAUACCCUGAGGGUAUCCAUAGGGUUUUUAUGAAUAGUUUCGAUAUGUAAAUGUGUUACUCGCUCACUUUGCAUUGACAGAGAUCGGCUCUUCGGCUCCGACCCGAACUCACUACCCGAUAUGAAAACGACAUAGUUCGUUGUUGCCGAAGGCGAAAGGCUCCUGAGUUGUACAUCGAGUCGGCCAUCCUCGCGGAUGAACCCUGGGAACGAGGUUGUCAGGCUCACGUUCGCUGCGAAAGCAUCAACAUUUUUACAUUCUUUAGGUCGUGUAUAUGCGCUACAACUGUCUUGGUCAUAAGCAAUGGGGCGGUUUAAAUUUCCAGUUACUGAUGAUAAGCGAAGAACGUUGCCAGUAAAUCGCUCGUCUAGCGUGGUAUAUCCCGUGUGUAUAUUGUCUAUACCCCAAACUUUGCUGUCUCUGGCAGGGGCUUCUGUGGCGAGGAGUCGAAAUAUGGAUUGUCGUCUGUUCCAAAAAGUCGCCUUAAAAGCCGUUUUACGUUGAAAACCCAGCAAUUAUGCCUAGGAUGGAAAAAUUCUAAGACGGUUAAGCCUUUUCUCGACUGAAAUUUCUUUGCGUGUCAAGUAUCAUGGUUAACUCGAAAAUUAAAUUGAAUACUGUUGUUUAUAAUACUGUUGUUUCUUACUUAUUUUCGCUGAAAAGUUAUUUGUAUUAGCGGUGUCUACUUCGAAGAAGUGUUGACUUCUACUAUGUCCUGCAUUAAAUAUUCACAUUAUAAUUAGGAAUCAUACCUCUCGGUAAACUUUUCGCUUAAAGUGAAUCCCAUACAGUUGUACUCAUAGCCGGCAAGAAGAUUUUCUAAACAAUUAUCCACGGGUUCCCAAGGGUUUACUUUGAUUUUAGUUUCAAUUGCAUAUGAUAGCUAGCGCGUUGAAAUAGGGCAAUUCUCCACCCGAAGUUAAGGGAAAGGCGGAGGGAGCCCGGGGGGGAAUGGCCUCUUGUUUUUUAGCCCCUACCGUGAGACUGCCUCUUCUCCUGUUCAGGGAAGGAGGGGGGAGGGUAGGGUCAGUAGUAGUAAGUAGGCCUUUUGUCCUUCGCUUUAUCAACUAAACACACUCCAAGUCAAGGUUUCCUUUCCCACAUUAGGGAGUUUAAGCAACAAAGACGACUUCGGCUAAGAAAACGUCUCUUAAAAAGUGAUGUCGCGCACCUUCAAACUUUAAUUUUUUUUUGAAUUUUAAAAGACUGUAUCGAAGUUCAGGAAAAGAAAAAGAAAGCUGUUGUCUUGUGUUCACGUUACCCACAAAACGUGAAAUUAGGCAUUUUCACGUCGUAGUCGUGCAGUGACGGCAAAGAAAUGAACAAAAAAGCGUGAUGCACGUGCGAAAUUGUUGUUUUGCCAAUUUAACCUACUACUUUUUCGCCGUCGUCGUGUUGUCGUGCAGUGACGGCAAAGAAAUGAACAAAAAAGCGUGAUGCACGUGCGAAGUUGUUGUUUUGCCAAUUUAACCUACUACUUUUUCGCCGUCGUCGUGUUGUCGUUUCUUAAGCUUUCUAUUAACAGUCCAACCCGCCAAAAAAGAGCGUUACUAUUCUACAUUGCCUUCCUUGUUUUUGUUUUCUUCUAGGAGUUGGAAAACCCUGGAUCAGCUCCCAGUGGACACAUCGCCAAAGAAGUAUUCAAGUAAGAAAUUGUAACAUCAUAAGCUCAUGUGGUCUUGAUCUUAAUUUCCAGACUGCUGCUUGAAUUAAAUUCUGCUCGUAAAAUAGCUUAUUCUGCCUGCCGGCAGUGCUCGUGAAAAUCUCUUAUUCUGCUCAAAAUUCUGCUCGGGCAACCUCAUUCUGCUCGUAUUUGUUUUCGCAAAAAUACAUGUAGAGGGAAACCUGGGCCUAGCCCCUAAAAACUAAUUACACUGUAGAUAUUCAUUAUGCGUAGCAAUAUUGUAAUUCAUCUUACUUUUAAUGUGAGUGCGUUUUAGCUAUGAAAUAAUUAAAUUAGUCGCAAUGUAUUUUCCAUUUGUUUUUUAUUUAGUUUUAAAUUUUUCUUUCAACUGAUAUUCAUAUUAUUAGUGCCGCUUAUUUUUCCUUAUUCUGCUCAUAUUCUGCUCGAAAUUGCCUUAUUCUGACGGCAGAAUGCUCGCCUCAAAAUCGCUUAUUCUGCUCGAAAUUUUGCCGGCAGAAUUUAUCCAAGCCUACUUCGUGGACUUAGGCUGUAAAUGAUAUUUUAACCGUCUGUUUUUUUCUUUUACCCUAGGGGCGUCAAAGAAAACAUCCGAGGAAUUUCAGGGUGAGUCGUAGAAUCGCUAUCAUCAUUUAAGGAUUCAGAGAUUUAAUGAAGGCUCUGACUGGCACAUGACUGUACGUGGGCAAUUGCGAUUAAAAACGAGUUAUGACAAAAUAAUUCUUUUUCUCGUAAAAAAAGAUAUAUCCUUUUAAAAUGUAUAAAAUCAGUGGCACUGUUAAGAUAGUGAUAUCUUUAGGGACGUUUAUCUUACAUUCUCCCAAAUGAGCCAAAUAAUGUCUAAACGUUAGAGCUAAAAAACUCCUGCAUGUGAAACUUUGGGCGUCACAGAAUUGUAUGGUAAUCACAUUGAUUCCUGAUUAAUUUUUUUUAAGCCUUAAAGCUUGCUAUGGAAAAACACAAAGGAAGACAACGGCUAUGAUUUGUCUCGUUUUUGAGAGAUGUUGAAAUUCUGCUCACCAGGAGGCUUCUAAUUCCAAUAACUAAUUGCAAAACGUAAUGUCAAUCACAAAUGUUUUGUUUUACUGAGAGAAAUAUAGUUUGGGUUUAUUGUGAAUCGAAAUUCAAUUAUUUGGUGACCAGUUUACAACUUGUUUUAAUUCGCUACUACUAAAGUAUCUUACAAACAAAAGAAGACAGACUUGCUUGUUUUCUGCGCCUAGGAUUAUGCAAAUGUCAAACUCCAAAAAACUCAUCAAUGUUGAAUAAUUCAUUAAUUCGAUGGCUGACAAAUAUUACUUGUCUUUUGUUUUGAUCGGCAAAAAUUGAAUUGUUCGAUUAUGGAGUGCGGAUUGUUUCAUUCCUCAUCUUCCGGUGAAAAGAGGAUUUUCCGUUAAUCCUGGCGUUUUUUGUAUGGCAAAGGUGAAACCGUCACGAUCUUUACCGAAGAUCUCUGUCAACGAAACGAAUGGCGUGGAAAUCGAAGUCCUACCGUCGGCUUUUCUAACUCCAAAGUGCGGACGAAAUCUGCGGACAACUCUUCAGAAGCACAGAUCGCUCUUUUGGCCGUAAGUUAAACUUGAUGAGAAAUUUUUAUUCAGCAAGUUUCCCGUUUGGCUUAUGUUAGGGUCUUUUUGGUUUUUUUAACACUGAAGUAAUCAGUUUUCACUUUGUGAGUGAAUAGGGGCGUACUAUAACUGGAAAUUGCCAUUAAUAAUGUAGUUACUAACAAGAUUUUGCUCAAAAUUCGAUAUAAAAGAAAUAAGUUAGUGAUUUUUUGGUCACACACACAAUCAUCGCUGGACUUUCGAUGGAGUUCUAGAAGAAGACGUAAAUAAAAUGUCUCUCAAUUCUGCUUUUUUUUUUAUUUCCUAGCGAUAUUUUUGAAAGCAUAUUUACGUGAUUUAUUUUCCUGCAAAACUCUGAGCAUUUCAGAUCAGUCGGAGGGUAUUAUGAAAAUUAUUCUUCGCAGCGUCAAUAUCGUCUGUUUCUGCAGCAGGCUAACUUUGUUGACAUGCGUUAACGUUGUGUUUGCAUAGGUAGUAGCCUGCGUUAACUUUCAAUACAUGUACCGUUCCGAU